AUGGAUGCCGGUAGAGCUCUCCGACUAGCCUUAGCGGGCCAACGUGGCUCUACUUCCCUCCUUCGACCCCGACCUCUGACAUCGGUCAAGUCGCGGAGAUAUUUCGCAUCUGUCCAAGACUCUUCAGCAAGCACAAAGACCGGGAAAAUUGCACCGCUGGAAGGUGUCCGGGUGCUGGACAUGACACGUGUAUUGGCUGGCGUCAACCGUAACAAGAAAUCUGUCGGUCUCUCAUUCCAGCAACCCGAGGGCAUCAAAAUCCUGCAUGAAUUGGCCAAGACGUCGGAUGUGUUAGUGGAAAACUACAUUCCAGGGGCCUUGAAGAAAUACCAGUUAGACUACGAGUCAAUACGGAAGAUUAAUCCUCGUCUAAUCUAUGCUUCUAUAACCGGCUACGGCCAAUACGGCCCCUACAGCCCCCGCGCCGGCUACGACGUCAUGGUGGAAGCCGAAAUGGGUCUCAUGCACAUCACAGGCGAGAGGAACGGGUCGCCUGUGAAAGUGGGCGUGGCGGUUACCGACCUGACCACGGGGCUCUACACGUGCAACGCCAUUAUGGCGUCUCUCUUGGCUCGCCAGAAGACGAACCAGGGCCAGCAUGUUGACGUGGCGCUGGCGGAUUGUCAAGUCGCGACCCUGGCCAACAUUGCGAGCUCGGUGCUGAUAUCGGGUGAACGGGAUGGUGGACGAUGGGGCACAGCGCAUCCGAGCAUUGUGCCCUACAAGGGCUUCAAGACGCUAGACGGUGACAUCAUGCUAGGUGGUGGCAAUGACCGACUCUUCGGCAUCAUCUGCGACAAGUUGGGCCGGCCAGAGUGGAAGAGCGACGCGCGCUUCGUCACAAACGACGUGCGAGUGCAGAACCGCGACGUGCUCGAGGAGAUGAUCGAGAAGAUCACACAGACCAAGACCACGAAGGAGUGGCUGGCCGUGCUCGAGGGUAGCGGCAUGCCCUACGCGGCCAUCAACGACGUCAAGGACACCCUGGACCAUGAGCACGUCCGUGCCCGUGGCAUGGUCACCGAGCUCGAUCACCAGGCGUGCGGCAAGAUCAAGGUUGUCAGCCACCCGGUCAAGUACUCAGAGAGCGCUGCUGGGGCCCGUAGCGCCCCUCCGACGUUGGGUGAACACACCGACGUGGUGCUGAGGGAUAUGCUCCAGAUGGGGGACAAGGAGAUUGAGACGUUGCGACAGUCUGGAGUGGUGGCGUAG